AUGGCUGAAAAACAAGUGCGCAGUGCGGUCAUCAACCGCGACACCAACGAGACCAAGAUUCAACUGGCCUUGAACCUCGACGGCGGAUCAUUAGAGCAGAUCACGUCCGAGGACAAUGGCGCAGACAAGUCGCAUGCUGCCCAGGCUUCGAAAUCGCAGUCCAUCGACAUUGACACUGGCAUUGGCUUCUUGGACCACAUGAUCCACGCUCUCGCAAAGCACUCCGGCUGGAGUCUGAAGCUCAGAUGCCGCGGUGACCUCCACAUCGACGACCACCACACCGCAGAAGACGUCUUUAUUGCCAUGGGCCAGGCUUUCAAGUCUGCCAUCAAGUCGACUGCCGGCCUCGCCCGUUUCGGUUACGCAUACGCCCCUCUUGACGAAGCCCUCGCUCGUGCCGUCGUCGACCUGUCCAACCGUCCCUUCUGUGUCACCGACCUGAAGCUGCGCCGCGAGAAGAUUGGCGAUCUGAGCACCGAGAUGCUGCCUCAUUGUCUACAGAGCUUCUCUCAAGGUUCUGGAGUCACCAUGCAUGUCGACGUCAUCAGAGGAGACAACGAUCACCACAAGGCUGAGAGUGCCUUCAAGGCCCUUGCUAUCGCCAUCAGAAUGGCCAGUACGCCCGUGGUAGGUCGCGAGGGCGAGAUUCCGAGCACAAAGGGCGUCUUGUUCUAG